UUGUAAAGGAAAGUAUAAUUCCAAAUUUUAGAUCUGGAAGCGGAUCGGCAAUUUAUUUGAAGGGGAUUUUUGGACCGCCGAGAAGGUGUGAGUUAGUAAAAUUACCUUUAGCACUAAUUAAUGGAAAGGGUACAAAUGUGCAUCAGGAGAUACUUUGCGCGGUGGCAAAAUCUUUAGUUGAAGAUGUUUUAUUACCCCCACAGGUGUUAUAUAUGUUACGGGGCGAAAACACUUGUAAAGAUCGACAGUUCAACGGAGACGGAAGUAGCAGUGGUUGGUUCUACGAAUCGAAGGAUUCCUCGAACGUGGGAGAGGCAGAAACACCUCAGGGUAAGUUAGAAACGGACAUUCAAAGCCACGUAGCUGCUAUCCCAGAUGUCGGAGCGCCCUUAGUGGAGAAAACAACUAAUUUAUCUCAGACAACGGAGUUUCGUCAGCAACAGAAAGAAUGCACUGACUUAUCUAAGAUGUGGGAAAGAGCGAAAACGGAUAAAGGAAAUUAUUUUGUGAGGGACGGUUUUCUUUUUCAUCGGGACAAGAUUUUGGGACAGAGUGCAGAGCAAUUAGUUGUUCCUAAAUGCAGAAGGAAUGAAAUUCUAGAGCUCGCGCAUGCAUCAGUGUUUGGAGGACACAUGGGAAUUAAAAAAACAUUAGAGAGGAUUCGUUAUUCCUUUUAUUGGGAAAACGUGAAAAGAGAUGUCCAGGAAUUUUGCGAAUCAUGUGAAAGUUGUCAAUUAACAAAGCCAGUGAAAGUGAAGGACAGAGCGCCAAUUACUCCAGUAGCAAGACCAGGGUUACCUUUUCAGGUUGUCAAUGUAGAUUUAAUCGGACCUAUAGAUCCUCCUAGUUCGAAGGGGCAUAAAUAUAUUUUGUGCUUGGUGGACCAGCAUACUAGAUGGGCCGAGGCAGUGCCAUUAACCAGUCUGACGGCAAAAACUACCUGCGACGCGUUGCUGCAGAUUUUCUCCAGGACCGGAAUUCCUAAUGUGAUUGCGUCAGAUAAUGGUACCAAUUUUAACGCAGACUUAACACGGGAAUUUGAGAAAAGAUUAGGAUCCAGUCCGAGAUUUUCGACACCCAUGUACCCUCAGUCAAAUGGUUUAGUCGAAAGGUUUAAUCAGACUUUGAAACGUAUGUUGCAUCAUAUUAUUAGAGAGGAAGGUCGAGCUUGGCAUGUCCAAAUACCUUACGCAUUAUGGGCAUACAGGGAAAUACCUAACAGUACUACAGGGGUAUCACCUUUCCAACUAUUGUAUGGUAGACCCCCACAAGGACCGUUAUCUAUUUUAAAAUCUACAUGGUUAGGGGAGCAUGACGAAUUAAAAUUCGAUCUGAAGCCAAUUCAUAAAUAUUUGCAAGAUUUGAAGGAGCGGUUGAAACGUGCUGCUGAGCAAGCUGAUCUUACGAGCGAAAUCCAACAAGGUAGGAUGGCGCAGUAUUAUAAUUUGCGCUCUUCGAGUAAAACUUUUGAAAUAGGAGAUAGGGUUGUAGUCCUCAUACCUGAUUCAAGCAACAGGUUAUAUGCUCGUUGGCAGGGUCCUGCAGUGAUAAAGGAAAGGAAAAACCCACACUCUUUUUUAGUAGAAUUGGCAGACGGGAGCAUUAAGCAUGUACAUCAAAAUAAAAUAAGGAAAUUCAUUGUGCGGUCAAAUGCAAUCAAUGUAAUGUUUGACGGGGAAGAGUUCGGGGAGGUAGACAAUAUUCCCUCUACUUUAGACCAGGAUAGUAGUUUUGAAAACAGAAAAAAAAAACCUCAUUGUUAUGGCAUUCCAAUGGCAUAUCGCAAAGAGGUGGACAAACAAGUCAAGGAACUUCUAGAGCUGGGUCUCAUUGAACCGUCGGAAGCGGACAUAGCCCAUCCGGUUGUGUGUGUGGUCAAGAAAGACGCGACAAUCAGGAUGUGCGUUGAUUUCAGGGCAUUGAAUUCGAUCACUAAAGUGCCGGCAUUUCCUAUGAAGGAUAUGCAUGAAUUAAUAUAUGUGGCUGGGCAUUCAAAAUGGCUAUCAAGUUUAGAUAUGCGCAGAGGAUACUGGCAAAUCGGAAUGGAGGAAUCAAGUAAACCACUGACAGCGUUUUCAACUCACAACGGGACGUUUCAGUGGAACGUCAUGCCGUUUGGUUUGGCAGGAGCGUCAGGUACCUUUCAAAGAGAAAUGAAUAAGGUUCUUUUCCGGUACAGCGAUUUCGCCCAAGCAUAUAUAGACGAUAUUAUAAUUUUUUCAAACACGUUUGAAGAACACCUGAAGCAUCUAGAAACGAUCCUUAAGAUACUGGAACAGUUAAAAUUUUCUGUCAGGCUCAGUAAGUGUGAUUUUGCAGCUAAGGAAAUAGAUUACCUAGGACAUAAGAUAGGAAACGGCAAACACGGCCCAGAUCCUAGUAAGAUUGCAGCAAUUAAAGUGCUAGAAAGGCCCACGAAUAAAAAGGGAGUCCGUUCGGUAUUGGGUCUCAUGAGAUUUUAUCGCACAUAUAUCCCGAACUAUGCCGAGAUAGCUGAACCUUUGACGGAUUUGACGAAAAAGAAUGCGCCGAAUAAUGUACGGUGGGGUCAAGUUGAAGACGCGGCUUUCCAGAAGUUGAAAGAUAUGCUGUGUCAGGUGACGUCUCUGUCCACGCCUGACUUUAAUUUACCAUUUCAGGUGCAUUCGGAUGCAUCAGAUGUCACCUUCGGUUGUUGUCUGACUCAGAGAGAUACACAAGGGCAUUUUAAACCAAUAGCCUUUGCAUCCCAAAAAUUUUCUGGGGCUCAGAAGAGUUGGGCAGUGUUAUUCGGGCUCAAGAAAUUUGAUAAGUGGAUUUUCGGGGGGACGGUGGAAAUCAUUACGGACCAUAAUCCUUUGAAAUAUCUCACUGAAAUUACACCUAGGAGUCCAAAAUUAACGCGUUGGGCUCUCUCUUUACAAAGAUGGAAUUUAAAAAUCACUUAUCGUCCAGGAGUACAACAUCGAGCCGCAGAUGCGUUGUCACGAUUGGUGUGA